AUGGCCCUUCAAAACACCCGCUCCCUCAAUAACAAAGGACACAUCCUAGCUGACUUCAUAACAGACAAUAACCUGGACUUCCUCUAUCUAACCGAAACCUGGCACAACCAUCUCGACCUCUUUCCACUCAACCAAGCCACCCCCCCCCCCCCCGGUUACUCCUACCUACACCAACCCCGCCUCACUGGACGAGGCGGAGGCGUCGCAGUUAUUCACAAACAAACCCUCAAGACCGCCCCCGCCCCCACCCUGUCCGUCCACUCAUUCGAAAAUAUCUCUGUCAAACUCCCCGGCCCCACCCCUCUGGUCAUUGUUACUAUCUACCGCCCCCCAAAGCCCCACCCAUCAUUCCUCUCUGAUUUCUUUGAAUUUGUCACCCACCUAAACACCAUCUCAUCCUCUGUCCUGCUGCUUGGAGACUUCAACUUUCACAUUGACAACCCCACCUGCAAACAAGCAUCUGAUUUCCUGGAUCUGCUCGACACCCUCAAUCUCACCCAGCAUGUGCACUCCCCCACCCACUCCCAUGGCCACACCCUCGACCUCGUCUGCUCCACCGGCAUCUCCAUCCACCAUCUCUCCACCACCAACCUCUAUAUCUCUGAUCACCUGGCUGUCACUUUCAACGUCGACCCCCCCCCCCCCCCCACCUCACAGUGA